GAGAGAUAGUUAACUUUUACAUACUUGAUGAAAAUAAUCCAAUUGCAUUUUGUUUGUUUUAUUGUGAAUCAAAUAUUUAGUCAGACAAAAAAAAUAUGUUUUUCUUUGUAAAAAAUAGCGCACACAAAAACUCUAUAUUUUGUCGUCGUCUUGAAUACCGCCGCAAGAUGGCAGCCGGGCUGUAUGUCACGAAAAGCACCAUCGAAGAAGCGCCGUCGUUUGCGCGGCGUCGAGACAGACAAAAAGGGACGCGAAGACCGGCUGGUUAAAUCGGUUGAGGGGAAAAUAUAUAUAUCUUUAUAUAUAUAUAUUUUUUAAGUUGACGUACUUGUUAUGCGCGCCACAAAUAACGGUUCAUGACUGUUUGACAUCAUGGCGUCAUAUGAGGAGAACGAGCGCCAGCAGAAGCGAAUGGAAGCUGUUGGCGAAAAUCCCAAACUGCUGUGCCACAAAGAUGUCCGGCACCCGAUCGGUCAUCAGGACCAGCUCUCCUGUCAGCGGCCCCCCAUUAAAGAGGAGGCAGAGGAUCCACGGCUGUGCUACGAGGAAGAAGAGGAUCAACGGCCCCCUUACAUUAAAGUGGAAGUGGUCGAGGCUGACAUCAGCAAGUUCCCCCAGACCGGCGUGUCUGUCAAGAGCGAGAACUGUGACGACAAUCCGCCCGAGCGGUCGCGGUGUCGUCGGAGCAGCGCGACGCAGCGCGCGACCGCGGGGCCCGACGUAGACCCCCUUGCGGGAACCCCUCCGGACAGCCUCCUGGCUCCGCUGUCGGACAGCGACGACGUAGAAGGGACGACGAGUGACUCUGACCCGGAAUGCUCAAAAGGGGACCCGACUUUUAACAGCAAGCAGCGCUCUGCGGCGGACCGUAAACGCCGCAAAGCGAAGCGUUUUCGCUGCUCCGUUUGCGGUCAGCGAUUUCUUCAAGAAAAGCAUUUGACGAGACACGCGAGAACGCACACGGGAGAAAUUCUUCGUUGCUCGGCUUGUUUUAAAGGGUUCCUUCAUAAGCACGCCUUAAUUAAACACACGAAGACGCACACGGGGGAGCGAGCCGCCGCUUGUUCGGCUUGGGCGAAAGGCUUCGUUCAAAAGUCGAAUACGGGGAGAGCUGGGCUUGCCGGCGACGCCGGGCACGAGCAAAUAUUUCCGGGCGAUCCUCGCGUCGGCUCCCCCGCCGCGCUCGAGUCGGAUGCCGAGCGCUCAGCCGCGGCGCCCCCCGCGCGGUGCGAACGCUCGCCGAGCGCAUCGGACCAUCCGGGGGUCUUCGCCCUCGACGCGUUCCCGAGGCAACCGAAGCGGCCCGUUCGUUUGACCGUGGAACAAAAGAAGGAGAUCAUCGCCGAGCACGAAGCCGGGUUGCGCGUCGCCGAUCUCGCCGCGCAGUUUGGCUUGCCCAAAUCGACCGUUUGUACGAUUCUUAAAAACAAGGCGUCCAUCAAGGCGGCCGAUGUGGCCAAAGGAGUGACGCUUCUGACCAAGCAGCGGCCUCAAAUUCUCGAGGACGUGGAGAAAUUGUUGCUGCUGUGGGUCAACGAGCAGGAGCUCGCCGGCGGCGGCGUGAGCGCCAGCGCCGUCAUUAAAAAGGCCAAGAGGCUGUACGGCGACUUGGUCGCCGACAGCGGCCAGUGUGACAAUUUCAAAGCCAGUCGAGGCUGGUUUGACAACUUCAUCAAGCGAAGCGGAAUUCGCAGCGUCCGGCACGACGAGGAUGUGGACAGUUUGAACAGAAAAGCCGCCGAGGCGUUUGCGGGUCAAUUCGAAAGCCUGGUGCAAAGCGAAGGCUACCUGCCCAAUCAAGUUUUCAACUGCGGCGAAGCGGGGCUCUUUUGGAGAAAAAUGCCCAAAAGAACGUCGCUCACCAAAGAGGAGAAGGCUCGGCCCGGACACAAGCCCAUGAAGGACAAGUUCACCCUUUUAUUGUGCGCCAACGCCAGCGGCGAUUGUCAGCUGAAGCCGCUUUUGGUGUACCACUCGGAAAAUCCUCGCGCCUUUAAGAGCAACCACGUGCUGAAGGCGGAGCUGCCCGUCAUGUGGAGAGCCAACGCCAAGAUCCGGGUCACGCGGGCGCUUUUCACCGAGUGGGCGAGCGAGGUUUUCGCGCCGGCCAUCAAGACCUACCUGGAGGAGAACGCGUUGCCCCUCCGAUGUCUCCUGGUGGUGGACAAGGCGGCCGCUCAUCCACCGAGCUUGGAGGACGACCUGGACGCCGAAUACAACUUCAUCCGGGUCCAGUUCCUGCCAUCCAACGCCGCGCGCUUGCUGCAGCCCGUGGGCCAGCAGCUCGUGACUCACUUCAAGAAAUUGUACACCAGGGCGCUUUUCUCCAGAUGCUUUCAAGUCACAAAGGCCACCGAUCUGACGCUGAGCCAGUUUUGGAGGGACCACUUCAACAUCUUUCACUGCAUCCACCUGAUCGACCAGGCCUGGAGGGAAGUCUCGCACCUCACCCUGCAAUCCGCUUGGAAGAGACUUUGGCCCACUUGCCCGCCGGAGACGGACUCGGAGGGCCCCCGUGUCGCGGCGGCGGCGGUGGACGACAUCGUGUCCAUCGGCACGAGUCUGGGCUUGGAGCUUGACGGGCAAGAUGUGGAGGAGCUGGUGGAGGAGCAGCUGGAGGACCGCCGCAAAGAACUGAGCACAAAGGAGCUUCUGGAGCUGCAGAGCGAACAGAUGAAAAGCUGCUAGGCGGGAGGAGUCGUCACACCUGGAGGAAACGGCAAACAAACCAACGGGCGGAGCUUGGAGAGAAGUGCAAGCCAUUAUGUAAAAAAACAAAAAAAAAAUGUCAAAACUACAAGAACAGUUUCCAUUGGAAAUGGUGUGAUGUCCCACGCGGUGGAAAGAAAAAAGUUUCUACAAAUCGUGCCCAACAAAUGUCGUGAUCAUGACCCACGGUUGUUUUGGAAGAAGCCUUUUUAAAAAGCAGCACUCGCUAAAACAGAAUCAUUGUCAUGUUUUCUCAU